AAAACAAUCACAAACUUUAAAAAAUAAUUGUGAUUUUAAAAUUUAGCGCAAUUCCCAGUUGAUGAAAACGACGUAGUUUAACAGUUACUGGCUUUCCAUCUUCGUACACGCCGGUUACCUAAAAGCACAGAAUUAUCUCUGUUCAAAGUUCAAAGCUUUUUGUUUUGUUCCCAUUCUCACUCACUCUCUUUGAAUCAACAAGUUUCCAAUAAAGUUUUAACCUUUUUGAAUUUUUUUUUUCUUCUUCACUAUCUUUCUAUAUUCUUCUUAGUAAAACUUUGCAUUAAUGGCUUACCCAAAUUUGUAAGCUCUUUGUUUCCUCCCUUCUUCUUCGUCUUCUUCUUCAUUCUCCAAAUUGUGUAUUCUAGGGUUUGAUUAUCGAGCAAUGAAGAAGUCUAAACUCGAUAAUUCGUCUUCACAGAUUCGAUUUGGGUUGGUUCAGUUCUUAUUAGCUGUUCUGCUUUUUUACUUCCUCUGCAUGAGCUUCGAGAUCCCAUUCAUUUUCAGAACCGGGUCUGGGUCCGGGUCUGAUGAUGGGUCAUCUUCCUCUUUUGCUGAUGCAUUACCAAGAAAAAUGGUUGUUGGUGGUAGUAGUAGGGAAGCUAAUUGGGUCGUUGGAGAAGAAGCAGACCCACAUCGACAUUUCAAGGAUCCGGGUCGGGUCCAGCUUCGGUUACCGGAGCGGAAAAUGCGAGAAUUUAAGUCCGUCUCUGAGAUUUUCGUCAACGAGAGCUUUGUCGACAAUGGCGGAUUCAGCGAUGAAUUCUCAAUCUUUCACAAAGCAGCGAAGCAUGCGAUUUCAAUGGGGAGGAAAAUGUGGGACGGACUCGAUUCGGGUUUAAUCAAACCCGAUAAAGCUCCGAUUAAGACCCGAAUUGAGAAAUGUCCGGAUAUGGUUUCGGUUUCUGAGUCGGAGUUUGUGAACCGGAGCCGGAUCUUGGUUUUACCGUGUGGGUUAACGUUAGGAUCUCACAUAACCGUUGUGGCUACACCGCAUUGGGCUCACGUUGAGAAGGAUGGUGAUAAGACGGCGAUGGUGAGUCAGUUCAUGAUGGAGUUACAGGGAUUGAAGGCGGUGGAUGGUGAAGAUCCGCCACGGAUACUCCAUUUUAACCCGAGGAUUAAAGGUGAUUGGAGUGGAAGACCAGUGAUUGAGCAAAACACUUGUUAUCGAAUGCAAUGGGGCUCAGGUUUACGUUGUGAUGGUCGUGAAUCUAGUGAUGAAGAAGAAUUUGUUGAUGGAGAGGUGAAAUGUGAGAGGUGGAAGAGAGAUGAUGAUGAUGGUGGUGGUAAUAAUGGUGAUGGUUUUGAUGAAUCAAAGAAGACAUGGUGGUUGAAUAGGUUGAUGGGUCGGAGGAAGAAGAUGGUAACGCAUGAUUGGCCUUAUCCUUUUGCUGAAGGGAAGCUUUUUGUUCUUACGCUUCGAGCUGGGAUGGAAGGUUAUCAUAUUAGUGUUAACGGAAGACAUAUCACAUCUUUUCCUUAUAGAACGGGGUUUGUUUUGGAGGAUGCCACUGGAUUAGCAGUCAAAGGAAAUAUUGAUGUGCAUUCUGUAUAUGCUGCCUCGCUACCUUCUACAAAUCCUAGUUUUGCACCGCAGAAGCAUCUCGAGAUGCAAAGCAUAUGGAAAGCUCCUUCGUUGCCUCAGAAGCCUGUAGAGUUGUUCAUUGGAAUUCUCUCUGCUGGUAACCAUUUUGCAGAGAGAAUGGCAGUGAGGAAGUCAUGGAUGCAGCAAAAGCUAGUCAGAUCAUCGAAAGUUGUUGCCCGGUUCUUUGUGGCAUUGCAUGCAAGAAAGGAAGUCAAUGUGGAUUUAAAGAAAGAAGCCGAGUACUUUGGUGAUAUUGUCAUAGUACCGUACAUGGAUCAUUAUGACCUUGUUGUGCUCAAGACGGUUGCCAUCUGCGAAUAUGGGGUGAACACAGUGGCGGCAAAGUAUGUUAUGAAAUGUGACGAUGAUACAUUUGUGCGAGUGGAUGCCGUGAUCCAGGAAGCAGAAAAGGUUAAGGGAAGAGAGAGCCUUUAUAUUGGAAACAUUAAUUUCAACCAUAAGCCAUUGCGUACCGGGAAAUGGGCUGUGACAUACGAGGAAUGGCCAGAAGAGUAUUAUCCUCCAUAUGCAAAUGGUCCGGGUUACAUCUUGUCAUAUGAUAUAGCUAAGUUCAUCGUCGAUGAUUUUGAACAAAAGAGACUAAGAUUAUUUAAGAUGGAAGAUGUUAGCAUGGGAAUGUGGGUGGAGAAGUUCAACGAGACUAGACCAGUGGCAGUGGUUCAUAGCCUCAAGUUCUGCCAGUUCGGCUGCAUAGAAGACUACUUCACCGCUCAUUAUCAGUCGCCACGCCAGAUGAUUUGCAUGUGGGAUAAGCUGCAGAGACUCGGGAAGCCCCACUGCUGCAACAUGAGAUGACAUAACAUUGGUUUUUGCCGGAUUCUGGAAUUUUUCGUUAGAAAGGAAAAUGAAGAAGCAGAUGGGUG